ACAAUAAGUAAUCAACUUCACAGAGUCUAAAUAUACAUGUGCCCACAGCAUUAAAGUUAGUCCUUGAAAACAUUAGUACUGGUUAACAAACAUGAUGAAGGCAUGGAGGUAUGAUGAAUAUGGGGGUGUCGAUGUGAUGAAACUGGCUACGGAUGAGCCGAUUCCAGAGAUUAAUGAUGAUCAGGUGUUGGUUAAGGUGGUGGCUGCGGCUCUCAACCCUGUUGAUUUCAAAAGACGACUUGGUUACUUUAAAGAUACCGAUUCUCCUUUUCCGAUAAUUCUAGGACAUGAUCUUGCGGGAAUAGUUGUUAAGGUUGGAAGCAAGGUAAAAAGCUUCAAAGAAGGAGAUGAGGUAUACGGCGAUUUACAAGAACACGCUCUAGCUUCCCCAACCCGGUUUGGAUCAUUGGCCGAGUACGCACCUGUUGAGGAGAGAUUGUUGGCUUUGAAACCUAAGAACUUGGACUUCGUACAAGCUGCGGCUCUCCCUCUUGCAAUUGAAACUGCUUAUGAAGGUUUAGAAAGGGCCGGUUUCUCGGAAGGUAAAUCAAUCCUUGUUAUGAAUGGUGCUGGUGGAGUUGGAUCCUUCGUAAUUCAGCUUGCAAAACAUGUGUUUGGUGCUUCGAAAGUAGCAGCCACGUCUAGUACUGGAAAACUCGAGUUGCUGAAGAGUCUAGGCGCCGAUAUAGCCAUCGACUAUACCAAGCAGAAUAUCGAAGAUCUACCAGACAAAUAUGAUGUUGUCUAUGAUGCAAUAGGACAAUCGGAGAAAGCAGUGAAAGCAGUUAAUGAAAAUGGAGUUGCGGUGUCUAUAACGGGCCCUAUCCCACCACCAGGGUUUCUCUUUGUUCUCACAUCCAGUGGAUCUUGGUUGAGAAAGCUAAACCCUUACAUAGAAAGCGGAAAAGUGAAGGUGUUGCUCGACCCUAAAAGUCCGUAUCCUUUUGACCAGGUGAAAGAAGCCUUCAGUUACCUUGAGAGCCACAGGGCUACAGGAAAGCUAGUUGUAUACCCAAUACCUUGAGGCUUAUAUAUAUGUGUGUUCCUUUCUAUGUACCUUGAAUAAGUAUUUUGGCUAAGAGUUUGUAACUCAAAAGUGUGUCGUCUCGUUAGAGCUCAUCUUUGUAUUAUACUAAUGGAAAAUAAUUGCAAACAAGGUACGUUCUUGUUUAUAGAAAA